AGUUUAUAUCACUAAUCACAAGUUUACGAAGAAAAACCAACACAUUUCUCGAUAGUCGAUACGAUUUAAGAAUCUCGCGAUCGCAUUUCAAUUUUAUUUCUGUAGCAAACCCUAAUCUACAGUUUUUACAGUUUUUAAUUAAACAGAUCCAAAAAUCUGAUUCAGUGUUCUAAUUCCUCUCAUAAUCUCCGUUCAAUUCAGUAAAUGGAUGAUAGUUGUGCUGUGUGUGCCGAGGCACUUGAAUGGGUUGCAUACGGACGGUGUGGCCAUCGGGAAGUCUGUUCGACUUGCAUUGUCCGUCUUCGUUUCAUUUGCAAUGAUAGAUGUUGCUGCAUUUGCAAAUCGGAAUCGGAUGUCAUUUUCGUCACCAAGGCUUUGGGAGAUUAUACGAGUAUGAUAAAUGACUUCUCUGCUUUCCCAGUCAAUCCGGUUGAAGGCCAAGUUGGAAAGUAUUGGUUUCAUGAAGGUGCACAAGCGUUUUUUGAUGAUUUUGAUCAUUAUAUGAUGGUAAAGGCCAUGUGCAAGCUAUCUUGCGUUGUUUGUGACAGAAAGAAUGAACAACGGAAUGGAGGAUCAAAAGGAACGGGAGAUUUUAAUAGCAUUGAGCAGCUUAAGAUUCAUUUGUUUCAUCAGCAUAGACUGUUUAUGUGCAGUCUGUGUUUGGAAGGCAGGAAGAUAUUUAUAAGUGAGCAAAAGUUGUAUAAUAGAGCACAACUGAAUCAACAUGUGAAGACUGGUGAUUCAGUGGUUGAUGGCAGCGAAAGCGAGAGAGGUGGAUUUAUGGGUCAUCCAGAUUGUGAAUUUUGCCAUAAUCCGUUCUAUGGGGAUAAUGAGCUUUAUUUGCAUAUGUCUACUGAGCAUUUUACUUGCCAUAUAUGCCAGAGGCGGCAUCCAGGACAAUAUGUCUACUAUAGUGAUUAUAACAACUUGGAGAUCCAUUUUCGCGGAGAACAUUUCUUAUGUGAAGAUGAGGCCUGCCUGGCUAAAAAGUUUAUUGUUUUUUCAGCUGAAUCUGAAAAGAAGAGGCAUGAUGCCAUGGAACAUGGAGGCCGCAUUUCCCGUUCCAAGCUUAAUGCUGCCCUGCAGAUACCUACAAGCUUCCGGUAUCAGCGAAGUGCUGAACAAGGUCGGCAGGAUAGAGUCCGUGGAAACCGUUUUAACACAUCAGACAGUCAUAUUUCAGCGGCCACUCAAGAUAGUCUUGAGACAUUUAAUGCUGUCAGGUUUCUUGAUAAUUCCUCAAGUGCCCAAACAGUUAACAGUUGCAGAGAAACAAGUGAAAUGGGAUUUACUGUUAAUCAAUUUGAGCUCUUAGCCCCUGACCCUACAAGAAGUCUGCUGGAAGAAUUUUCCUUUCCACCACUUCCCGUUGCCCCAAAGAGCAGCGGACGAAGGGCUAGAAAUUCUGUUGGGUGCAGCAGAAACACAAUGGCUGCUCGCCUUCGUCACAAGAACAACGUAAAAGUUAUCAAUUCUUCUCGAGCUUCACCAGCCGCAAUUAAUCAUACUAGCAUGUCAGCUAAUGUUUCCUACCUUUCCAGGCCUACAUUAGAUUCUGGGCAUUCAUCAUCAUCUAGUUCCCCAAGUGAUCUAUGGAAUAAGCCGUCAACUAAAGCUAAUGCCCAAUCUAGUUGCGCAAGCUCUACACAAUCCAGACAAUCAACAGCUACUGACCUUGUUUCAUCUAUGAAUCUUUCGAGUUCAUCAAGGUUUGACAGUAGUGCCUAUAGAGUUGGGCACAUUUCAUCGUCUUCAAAUUUUGUCAAAAAGGAGACAUUUGAUAAAAAGAUUUCCGACUCUCAAAUUGACAAGGGGACUACUAGUAAACACCCCAAGUCAAAAGCAGAAGAUGUUCAAUCUGCUAAUAAGGCCCUUGUGGAAAAAAUCCGUGCUGCAUUAGGUUUCGAUGAGGAUAAAUUUGCUGCUUUUAAAAUAAUAUCUGUGGAGUAUCGCCAGGAUGUAAUUGAAACUGCAGAGUACCUUGCCUAUAUUCUCCAGUUUGGUCUAGAACACCUGGUUCUUGAGCUAGCUUUACUUUGUCCCAAUGCUCAGAAGCAAAGAGAGCUAGUUGAGAUUCACCAAUAUAAUACAAGGAGGAAAGAUUCUAAUGAAAACGGCUCGAGUAUUGACAAUUGUUGCCCCAAAAAUAAGAAAAGUUCUAAGAAGGGGAAAGAAAAGUGUGAAGAUAGUGGGAACUGUAGCUCGGGAAAUGCUCCGAUGGGUAAGAGUGGAAUAGUGAACCCACAGGUAAAGCAUAAACCUUGUUUGGACAAAGAUGGGGUAUCAAAAGAUCAUUCUGCAAAAGGUAAAUCAAAGAUAGUUGUUGAUCAACAAGCAAAUUUACGUAUAUCAACGGAGCCCAGGAGUUCAAAUAAUGCUCAAUCCGCUAAUGGUAGUGCAAUGAAGAAUGUCGGUUUGGGAGGGGGAGGAAAUAAACCUCGUAAAAAGACGCCCAAGUUUCUCAAGAAUCGCCUCGGUGAAACUUCUGCUGAUGCGCUUCCAGACAACAAUCUAGAUGUGGGUCUUGAUGAUAACAAGGAAAAAACAUACCGGAAAAAACACCCGCCUGAAACAUUACCAGUCAAUGGAGUUUGGCGAAAUGGUGGAGGUCGCAAACUUGUGGCGAUGUCCCAACGAGGAUGAAUGCAUAGACUCCAUAGAAGUGCCAGUUUCCAUCUGCAGAAAACCCGGUACAUGCCAUGUGCAGGCAGAUUCUACGCGUUUAAAGCUAAAUGUGGUCCGGAAACAACCUAUACAGAAGAAUAGUUAUGUUUUCAUAUAAAUGUCGGCAAAGCCAGAUCUGGAUAUAUUUAUUUACCUUACAGUUGUAAUUAAUUAUGGACUUUCAUUAAAUGAAUUAGUGAUACCUUAUAUAGAUCGUGACAAAUUAAGUAAAGGAUUUUAUAUGCA